UACGUGCAAUACAAAUGCAUAUUGAAUAGGAGACAAUGUUUAACAAAAUACAAUGUAUUUGGACUUGUGGACGAGUGCACAGAGUCUUGGUUCAGCCGAACAACAACUUCGUCAGCGGAGGAAAUCAGGAGAAGAAAAGAAGCUGCCACCCAAACUAGGCACAUGGAAUAUUUAGACGUUCUAAAGUUCGACACUGUCAUGAAAGCAAUGAGGGGAUUAUGUCUGGUAAAAAUGCUGAAGGCAAGCAACUUACUUCGUGAAUGUAAAAUCGAAAAACUUGUGUUCUUCUUUUUAAGUAUCUUUAUAGAUGAUGAUGCGUUAUGUCCGUUAACACCAAUGCAUGUCAAUUGCAAACGGACACAGGCACAAGAAAAAGUAUCCAUUGAUUUGAAAAUGAACAUUAUAUCUGUUAUCGAAAACGCUUUGAAACAAUAUAAGCGUGCACUAGAUUUAUACGUUUAUUGUUUCAGCAUUGUAAACUGUUUUAAAGAGUCUUUAAUUGAACAUUUUAGAACUCUCAGCAUUUCUCGACUUAAAUUUGAUCGUGUUUUUCUAAGAAGAAACUAUUUGAAUGUCACCCAAAUCAGGCUGACAAAUGGGGCUUCUGAAUCGUGUCGGAUUCAUUUGAUAUCAUUGAGAAAUUAUGAAAAUUACAUUUUAGUUUCAUCUUUCAAACAACUACAGCGUUCGCCUGCCAUUAAAAGAACUUCAACAACAACACAGCUGAUAGAUAUAGUGUCACCAUUCUACAUAAUUUUCCAUCCAGCUUAUAACUAUGUGUAUAUGGUCAUAUCCGAUAUCUACCUACUGUGUAUAUGUGCUACUUACAUUCACAAUGAUUUGAAAAUGUGUGCAUAUUAUGUGUUAUUGUGUCAUCAUAUUGUAUUAUGUAGUCUAAUGCGAAGUUAUUAUGUAAUAAUGGAAUCGAGGAUAAAAUACACUUUGAGAAACAAUGAUAUAUCGACAUAUUCAGUGUCAAGUCUGCGGAGGAAGAUAUGGCUUCCACUUGAACAAUUGCAAUACAACCGAACGUACACAAUAUUUCCAGCAUUUGCACCCAUGAUGUCAAUAGUUGACAGACUCGCAAAAAGGGAAAAGGUCCAUCCAAAAGAGAGUAUGCGAUACGAAAUGAUGCGAUUUCUUACUUUGCGUUCAUACCCAAGCGAUGGCAAACCGUCAGUACUCAAAUUCGCGAAAGCAGGUUUCUACUAUGCUGCAAACAAAGACGAAGUAAUAUGCUAUUGUUGCGCUAAACGCAUUUCGAACUGGAAACCUGACGAUGACCCAUAUCAGGCUCACAAAAGAAUUACACCGAAUUGCAGCUUCAUUGUGAACAAUGGAGAGGUAAACGUCCCUGUCUCAAGCGAUACGGGCUCGUAUUCAAACGAUGUUCUACAGAAAAUCAUCACCGACCUAGAUAAGAAUAACAAUGUUUGGAGAUUCGAUCCUGAAAACUCUGGAAGUGAAAGGGAAAACGAUAUUGAAACUGAUGACGACGAAGUAAACGAGGACCAAAACAAUGGGACAUCGUUAGUAUCUCAGAACUACAUAAAAACAACACCAGAACGGAACUACAAUGUGAUAGAUACUGUAACCCGGUCUAAGGACAGUGGUUAUGUCAGUCUACCUACAGAUCCUACAAAUACAUCUGUAAGUCUUGAUGAGGAUUGUUUCAGGCCGGAACCACAGGGCGUAUUUGCAUCAAUGGCUCCCAUAUCAGAGUAUAGAAGAUUAGACCCAACUUCUCAAACUGGAAUUGUUCUACCACUAAAGGACUUGCAUACUCAAAUCAAAACCAUCCAUACUACUGCCUACCAACCAACACAAGACGACCCACCACGACAGAGAAAAUCAAAUAGGAUAUCACGGAGACGAACACGACGUCAACGUCAAUCUUCAACACCAUCUGAUCCCUCUGGAAUGGCAAUACGUACUGAAACAUCUGGCAGAACUUCUUCCUCGCAUCAGCAGAGUUCUGUACCUGCAAAUACAGCCACAAACAAAACUGCGCAACAUCUGAAAAUCCCAAAGCAUCCCAACUUUUCGACAAUUUCUUCAAGAAUAGCGAGUUUCAAUCAGUGCCCAGAACUCCAUGUCAUGCCAAGAACCCUAGCAGAAGCUGGCUUUUAUUACGCCGGGAUCGGGGAUUGUACAAGAUGUUUUUGGUGCGGCAUAGGUCUCCGGCAUUGGUCACGCGAAGACGACCCAUGGACCGAACAUGCGCGAUUUUCGUUGGAAUGUGAUCACGUGAUCAUUAACAAAGGUCAAGAGUUCAUUAACUUGGUUAAACUGGCGCUAGACCUGACAGAAGAAAAGGAUGGCGGUAUGCAAGCCCAAGCGCAAGAGACUCCAGCGGAAACACAAGAAACCGAAAGGCCACAGGACGACUUAGAAGACCUAAUGACAUCGGAAGCUGCCCAAAGUGUCAGAGAAAUGGGAUACACGGAUGAUAUAAUCAAAAAUGCAAUUCGUGAGGUGAUGAAUUCUAUGGGAAAAGAAAAAGUCAACGGAAUGUACAUUCUGGAAGAAAUACUUCGAAUUGAAGAUACGCAGGCCAUCAACACAAAAGCCUCCCCAAAAAUCAGCUCAACAGUACCGCAUGAAACGAAACCAAGUACACCUACGCCGAAGAAUGGAAGUGCGAAACAUAGCAACCAGUUUCAACCACACACAAGCGCCCAGGCAUUGCAGUCUAAAGUUGUUUCAGCUGGUUCGGACAAAAAAUCAGCUGAACAUCGACAGAAGCGGCGAUUGAAGAAUGAAAAUAAGGCUCUCAAAGAAAGCACCAUUUGCUCGUCAUGCUCAAAAAAGGAAGUCUGUAUUGUAUUCCUACCUUGCGGACAUUUAAUUUCCUGCGAACAAUGCGGAAGCUCUGUAAGGACAUGCAUGACAUGUGGUCAAAGAGUUCGCGGUACGGUGCGUACUUAUCGUGCUUAAAGGGCCUGGCUAGAGUGUCGGGGACAUAUGUCCCAUCGUGGGGUAUUGUGUAAAGGAUUUCGGAUUUUUUUUUAGUUUGAUUAUACAAUGAAAUCUACAAGAACAAGCCCAAAAGGCGAACAUAAAAAUAGACUCUUUUGAGUCACUCGAGAAAUCCUAAACAAGAAAUUUAACAGUUCGCCCCUGAUUUGAAAUAAGUUUGAUAAUAUCGUUAUUUUGCCUAACAUAAUCAUUCAUUUGCACUGAUUACAAAUGACGGUAGCCUGUACCAAUAUUUCGCCCUCAUUAGAACAUAAUUUAAGAAAAUAAUUAAUACAUUUAAAUAUGAUAACAACAUGUUAUACAUAGUUAGUAUUUAUUAGUAAGCAUAUCAUUCGAGUUUUGAUUAUUUAUUCCUCAGUAUGUGCUGAUGUUAAUGAAGGUAUUUUAUGAGAAAAUUCACUGGAUUUUUUAUAUGUAUAAACAAAACAAACCAUGAAUCGGUGUAUAUAUAAAUAUAUAAAUCAAUGAAUAAAUAAUUUCUCAUGUU